AGGUAAUCAGACAUUAAUGUCAUAGUACAAAAUUUAAAAUGGCUUUCAAAUACCAUAAAUCAAAAGCUUAUCUUAAAAAAGUUCGCGAAGAAAAGGAAAAACAGAAAAAAGGAGAUUCAGAUGAGUGGGAUCACACAAAAGCUUUGAAUAAAUGUAUGAGCAAUCUAAGCACUUUUUUGGGACCAUCGGACUCGAAAGAAUGGGAAGAAAUAAAACCAUUAGUUGAUAAACUGGAGAACGCGUGGCAACUAGACAAGUUACCAGUCUCAAUUCAAAAAUCUGUUAUCGAAGUCUCCGAAAUGUUACGAAUAAAAGACUACAGACAAGCGGAACUUUGUUAUCUGGCCAUGAUGAUGGAGUGCGACGCCGAAUGUAAAAGCUUUUUAGCUGGAAUCAGGCGACUUAUCGAUAAACUAAAAUAGCAACCGGCAAAAAUUGUACGAGCUUCUGAAUUAUCAAUCAAUGUUGCUCAAAAAUUCACGUAUUUUCAGUUUUAUACAUAAUUAAAUCAAUACACCUAAGAAAAUUUA